GGGUCUGAAAUUUGACCUUGCUAAAAUGGGAGGAGAGGUGGAACGGUGGGCAAGUCUCCCCUCUGGUUCUUGAACGGUGUCGAAUUCCUUUCUGGCUAUUAACAAGUCUGACCCCACCCGCUUUGGGCUUUGAGCCAGGCAUGCUCCUGCGGAGGCGUUGGUAAGGAUCCCAGUGUUAGGCUCUGGGUUGUGUAUCUGUGUACCUUGGGAUCUUAUUCCCUAGGGUGGUCUGUGUUCAAAUGGAAAAACGUGUGUAGUGCUGCUGUUUCCACCCGUUGGAAAAAAUCAACCCACACAGAUGUGAUUGUUGGCUUGUUGUAGUCCCGGAGUAAAGAGAAGCACAGUUAGUCUAUAGUUUCACAGAUUUUUCUUAGCUUAGUUUUUUUGGUGGCCAGUCCCCACCCCUCACCAUUUGAAGAUUCAUUUGCAGCCUAGCAAAUUGCCCUUUGCCAAUUACUGUGCUUUACCUCUGAGGAAUGAAGCUUUGGCUUUAACAGUAUCUGCGAUACGGAAUUUUAAUUUAGUGACUGCAGAACAGGUUUAAAAAUGCCCUUUUCACCUUCUCCCUUCCUAUUUCCAUUUAAAAGGGAUGAUAAACUUUUUUCGUGGUUGGGGAAAAUGACCAGAAGAUUGUAUCACAAUUUAUGAAUAUAAUGGACAAGUAUUCGGCCGUGCAUUCUAUGGAAGCAUGACUCAGUUACAUUAUUGCUCUUUCCUCGAGUACAGCAUAUAUUUGAACUUUCUGAAUAUUUUGCCCGACCCGAGGGUUUCCUGGCUGUCUACUUUAUUGAUUCUGUCUUUCUAUAUGUAAUGGUAUGCAUAGGCGUAAUACUGCAUAAAAAUUAGUCUUUAUAAAAGACCAAAAAAGUAUGGAAAAGGAAAGAAGGGUUGCCCUCUUGGAUGAGAGCUUCAGCUUUUCCAGUCUUGUCAGCAUAUAUAGAGUAUUCAUUUGAGAGAUGGGUGGUGGUUAUGGUAUUUUAGAUAAAGUUUAAUUGUAGGGGAGAACAGACUAAUUUGCAGCUACAAUAAGGAUUGAAACAGUUCAGCAAAGUUAAGUGUCUCUCAGAAUUGGAAGAUAGAGUGGAAAACUACUUAGGUAUUUGGAGUCAAUUUUUAUAAAAACAUAAUUGUUUUGUGUAACUUAUCUGUUGAUAUAUUUAUUGGAUUGGUUUGAGUGCAGGGAGAUGUUAGAAAAAGAGUCUGUAUUUUGUCAUCAAAGAUCCUGGGGUGGAGGGUGGGGAAAAAGUGUUUGGGAUAUAGAAAUUUUAGAGCUAGGCUAGAGUGAGUCUAAGGAAACUUGCCUGUCCGUUACACCUUCGUAAUUGUGGAGAAAAACUGGUUGUGGUUUAAAUAAGUUGGUUUGUUUUUCAGAAUAGCAUCAAAAGGGAACUACUCUUAGAGAAUUAAGUUGUCUCUUAGCCGUUGUUCUUCCUCCUUGCCGUUCCCUUAUAUAUUUUCUUGGUGACUGAGCACCAGAUUUUUUUUUUUUUAAUUUCUAAGUUGGCACCAUUCCUAAAGUGGAGGGCAGGAAAUACAGUAGAUAUUACUGGGAUUCCUUUUUAUUUGUUUUCUUUCCCUCAAAAACCUUUGUUGGUUUUAACUCACGUGUAACAGCACUGCUUCCUCUUUGUGGUGCCACUUACCCGAAACCAUGAACCUGACCCUCAAAGAGCAAAGUUAGGGUUACUGAAGAUUAAAGUGUUGAAAUUAGACACUUGAAAAAUGUUUCUUUUUUGUAUUGAAGCAGCUCUAAAGGGAAGUUUAAUACCUACUCCUUUAAGAGGAAAAUGAUAAUGCUGUGUUCUGAGAAAGCCAUAAAGACUGGUAUAAAAUUUACUUAAUAUUUUAAAUUGCCCAGGAGAGGGUAACAUUGAAUGGUCACGAUUGAAAGUGCUACAGCUUCAUGCAUUGGGUUUUAUGGAAGACCUUGGGUUAUGGAACAGAGAAAAGAACUCUUUAGAAGGCUCCAGAAAUGGGAAUUAAAUACAUACUUGUAUGCCCCCAAAGAUGACUACAAGCAUAGGAUGUUUUGGCGAGAGAUGUAUUCAGUGGAGGAAGCUGAGCAACUUAUGACUCUCAUCUCUGCUGCACGGGAGUAUGAGAUAGAGUUCAUCUAUGCUAUCUCACCUGGAUUGGAUAUUACCUUUUCUAACCCCAAGGAAGUAUCUACAUUGAAACGCAAACUGGACCAGGUUUCUCAGUUUGGGUGCAGGUCAUUUGCCUUGCUUUUUGAUGAUAUUGACCAUAAUAUGUGUGCAGCAGACAAAGAGGUAUUCAGUUCUUUUGCUCAUGCCCAGGUCUCCAUCACAAAUGAAAUUUAUCAGUACCUAGGAGAGCCAGAAACUUUCCUCUUCUGUCCCACAGAAUAUUGUGGCACUUUCUGUUAUCCAAAUGUGUCUCAAUCACCUUAUUUAAGGACUGUGGGUGAAAAGCUUCUACCUGGAAUUGAGGUGCUUUGGACAGGUCCCAAAGUUGUUUCUAAAGAAAUUCCAGUAGAGUCCAUUGAAGAGGUUUCUAAGAUUAUUAAGAGAGCUCCAGUAAUCUGGGAUAAUAUUCAUGCUAAUGAUUAUGAUCAGAAGAGACUAUUUUUGGGCCCAUACAAAGGAAGAUCCACAGAACUCAUCCCACGGUUAAAAGGAGUCUUGACUAAUCCAAAUUGUGAAUUUGAAGCCAACUAUGUUGCUAUCCACACCCUUGCCACUUGGUACAAAUCAAACAUGAAUGGAGUGAGAAAAGAUGUAGUGAUGACUGACAGUGAAGACAGUACUGUAUCUAUCCAGAUAAAGUUAGAAAAUGAAGGCAGUGAUGAAGAUAUUGAAACUGAUGUACUCUAUAGUCCACAGAUGGCUCUAAAGUUAGCUUUAACAGAAUGGUUGCAGGAAUUUGGCGUGCCUCAUCAGUACAGCAGUAGGCAGGUCGCACACAGUGGAGCUAAAGCAAGUGUAGUUGAUGGAACACCCUUAGUUGCAGCACCCUCUUUAAAUGCUACAACUGUAGUUACAACAGUUUACCAGGAGCCCAUUAUGAGCCAGGGUGCAGCCUUGAGUGGUGACCCUACAGCUCUGACAAAGGAAGAAGAAAAGAAACAGCCAGAUGAGGAACCCAUGGACAUGGUAGUAGAAAAACAAGAAGAAACAGACCACAAGAAUGACAAUCAAAUACUAACUGAAAUUGUUGAAGCUAAAAUGGCAGAAGAACUGAAACCAAUGGAUACUGAUAAAGAGAGCAUAGCUGAAUCAAAAUCCCCAGAGAUGUCUAUGCAGGAAGAUUGUAUUAGUGAUAUUGCCCCGAUGCAGACUGAUGAACAGACAAACAAGGAGCAGUUUGUGCCAGGUCCGAAUGAAAAGCCUUUGUACACUGCAGAACCAGUGACUCUGGAGGAUUUGCAGUUACUUGCUGACCUAUUCUACCUUCCUUAUGAGCAUGGACCCAAAGGAGCACAGAUGUUACGGGAGUUCCAGUGGCUUCGAGCAAAUAGCAGUGUUGUCAGCGUCAAUUGCAAAGGAAAAGACUCGGAAAAAAUUGAAGAAUGGCGAUCACGAGCAGCCAAGUUUGAAGAGAUGUGCGGACUAGUGAUGGGAAUGUUCACUCGGCUCUCCAAUUGUGCCAACAGGACAAUCCUUUAUGACAUGUACUCCUAUGUUUGGGAUAUCAAGAGUAUAAUGUCUAUGGUGAAGUCUUUUGUACAGUGGUUAGGGUGUCGUAGUCAUUCUUCAGCACAGUUCUUAAUUGGAGACCAAGAACCCUGGGCCUUUAGAGGUGGUCUAGCAGGAGAGUUCCAGCGUUUGCUGCCAAUUGAUGGGGCAAAUGAUCUCUUUUUUCAACCACCCCCAUUGACUCCUACCUCCAAAGUUUAUACUAUCAGACCAUAUUUUCCUAAAGAUGAGGCUUCCGUGUACAAGAUUUGCAGAGAAAUGUAUGACGAUGGAGUGGGUUUACCUUUUCAAAGUCAGCCUGACCUUAUUGGAGACAAGUUAGUAGGAGGGCUGCUUUCCCUCAGCCUGGAUUACUGCUUUGUCCUAGAAGAUGAAGAUGGCAUAUGUGGUUAUGCCCUGGGCACUGUAGAUGUGACCCCUUUCAUUAAAAAAUGUAAAAUUUCCUGGAUUCCCUUCAUGCAGGAGAAGUAUACCAAGCCAAAUGGUGACAAAGAACUCUCUGAGGCUGAGAAAAUAAUGUUGAGUUUCCAUGAAGAGCAGGAAGUGUUGCCAGAAACUUUCCUUGCCAACUUUCCUUCUCUGAUAAAGAUGGAUAUUCACAAAAAAGUAACUGACCCAAGUGUAGCCAAAAGCAUGAUGGCUUGCCUCCUGUCUUCACUGAAGGCUAAUGGCUCCCGGGGGGCUUUCUGUGAAGUGAGACCAGAUGAUAAAAGAAUUCUGGAAUUUUACAGCAAGUUAGGCUGUUUUGAAAUUGCGAAAAUGGAAGGAUUUCCAAAGGAUGUGGUUAUACUUGGUCGGAGCCUGUGACAUUUGUCGGUGGCUACGAACUGUCCGAAAGUCUCUUAACUUCACCUGGUGGGUGGUGGGGUCUUCAUACACUUCGGCCUCUGGAGUGGCAACAGAUCAGCCAAUUGGGAUUGGAAACGAAGACGACUGUGGAAAACUCAUCUGUCACACUUUGAAACUACUCGCUGGCUGGAAGAAGAUAGCAUUGCUGCACAUCCUUUAGGACACAGAUGUGGGCCUCUUUAGUGGGUCUUGUGUUAGGUGCCAAGACCUCUUACAUGGGCUUAUGGGGGGGGUCUUCAAUAAAUGUAGUCAGCACUGUUUUCUGCAUCCAGUGUGGUUGCAUUUCUCACCUAAGAGUAAUCAAAAUUGUUUGUCAUCCUCCUUGGCUUAUUGGAUGAAAUGUCUCAUUCUUUUGGGACACGACAGGAGAAAGAUUUAGUGAGUUUUAGAGGCUUCAGGGUAGAGAUUCCAAGUGGAAUGGUUGUGGCAUAGUUUAAGCUGAAUAAAUGACUUCGGUUUGGGGCAGUUUUCCUGCUUUUUGUAAAGCCAUGGCCAAUUGUCUCCUGUAGUGACCAUUGGUUCAGGCAUAUUGUGCUUUGUAGGGACAAAUGUGCAGUUGUUUGUGUCAAAAGCCUAAAAAUUACAAACUUGUAAAUUUUGUGUAUAUAAACUAGCUGUAACCUGACUAUCCUUUGUGUUUACUGUUUUUAUAAUUUUUUUCCUUUUGAAAAUGAAAGUGUGGUUCAGGAUGGCACUUUGAAUAAUGUAAAUCAGUGGGAGGUGGACUUUCUUUACUCCGGUCUUUUUUUUUUUUUAGAAGUUUUAUUAUUUUUAAAGUGCCUCCCACCUAGGGCUAGGCCAUGACCCUUUGGGUACGAGAGCCUAACUUCAUAGGACUCAAUCUGUUGCAAAGUGCAGUCACUUCUGGAAAUUAACCUUAAUGCAGGUCAGCAUGUGAAAUGUUAGUUUUGACAUAUGUCAAGUAGCAUUCAGGGAUUGAUUGGUCCCGUUUGCCCUCAGAUCAGUUGUCCUUGAAUUUCAAGACCUGCUACUACUGGUUUUAUUAAAUCAGAGUAUUUAAUUCUUGCAUGUUUGUAUCUAAUUUUUAAAAGAAAGAAUGAGCACACUUUAACCAAUGACUUACGGUUACCCUUUUUCCUUUAACCAUAGAUUCUGAAAGCUUCAUGUAUUUUAAUUUAGAUUUGGUGUUUUUAAGGGUUCUGAGCAUGAGGCUAGCAGGUAAUCUGCAGGAUUCAUUUGUUCAUCAUGGCUGGCUGACUUCUCCAUAGAUUCAUAACAGUAUUUUUUAUCUUGCUUCCCUGCAAUUUGUAUCAGCUGUUUAACUUUGAGCUGAGGGGGGAGGAGCAAGGAGAAGGAAACUUGAAACAUUUUCCCUCAUAGUUCCAUCAGUGUGGGCUUUGAGAGAGUCUUGAAGCAUUGUACCCAGUGGUAUAAUGACUUUCAACCGAGGCCGAAGAAAGGCAAAACCUUUAACUGAUAGAAGGAUAUAUAUGGAAUGUUGGAAAGCUGGAACCAAGUGUAUGUUUUCAAGGGCUGAGGUGAAGGGAAGAUUUGUACAAGAUAGUGUUUAAAACAGCUUAAUGUCAUUUGAUUUUCUCUUUACGUUUUGUACACUAAUGGACAAUUCUGGCAUUUUAUCUGGAAAAUUUCAGGGUCAACCUCCUAUGGAAUCAGGAUUUUUAGCAAGUUUGCUUGUGACUUUAUCUUGGCUUUUAGUAAUCACUUUAGCUGGUCCUCUGGUCACAGAUACUAUGCUGUCCAGGCUAUACCUUCAUCACUCUAGGAUCUUAAAGUGCUAUGUUACCUUCUGGUUAUGAAUAUUUAUUAAGGUUGGAAUUACAUUUCAUUGAUUGUUUAGAUCACAGUUCAGCUCCUGUAGAAAACAACUGUAAAGCUGUCUGAAGACCAUGCAAGAGGCAAAAUAAAACUUGAAGUGAAUGUG